AUGCCCGAGCCAGCAAAGUCAGCGCCCAAGAAGGGCUCCAAGAAAGCCGUCACCAAGACCGCAGGGAAGGGCGGCAAGAAGCGAGAAAGUCAGGAAGGAGAGUUACGCCAUCUACGUGUACAAGGUCCUGAAGCAGGUCCACCCGACACCGGCAUCUCCUCCAAGGCCAUGGGAAUCAUGAACUGCGUUCGUGAACGACAUCUUCGAGCGAUCGCGGAGAGUCUCUCGCUGGCCCACUACAACAAGCGUUCUACCAUCACCUCCAGGGAGAUCCAGACCGCCGUGCGCCUGCUGUCCGGGUGA